AUGAUCAUUUUCAACCUGAGCAAUUAUAACCCAGGCCCCUUCAUUCUGGUGGGGAUCCCAGGCCUGGAGCAAUGCCAUGUGUGGAUUGGGAUUCCUUUCUGUAUGAUCUAUAUCAUGGCCCUUGUGGGAAACUGCACCCUUCUCUACCUCAUCGUGGUGGAGCGUAGCCUUCAUGAACCCAUGUUCUUCUUUCUCUCCAUGCUGGCCAUGACUGACCUUGUCCUGUCCACAGCUGGUGUUCCCAAAACACUCAGUAUCUUUUGGCUUGGGGCUCGAGAAAUCACAUUUCCAGGGUGUCUUACACAAAUGUUCUUCCUCCACUAUAGCUUUGUCCUAGAUUCAGCCAUCUUGAUGGCCAUGGCAUUUGAUCGUUAUGUGGCUAUCUGCUCCCCGCUGAGAUACACCACUAUUCUGACCCCCAAGACCAUCAUCAAGAUUGCAGUGGGCAUCUCUUUUUGAAGCUUCUGCAUCAUCCUGCCAGAUGUAUUCUUGCUCACACGCCUGCCUUUCUGCAGGACACGCAUCAUCCCACACACAUACUGUGAGCACAUAGGUGUUGCCCGGCUCGCCUGUGCAGACAUCUCCAUCAACAUCUGGUAUGGUUUUGGUGUUCCCAUCAUGACGGUCAUCUCAGAUGUGAUUCUCAUUGCUGUCUCCUACACCCUCAUCCUCUGUGCGGUCUUCCGUCUCCCCUCCUGGGAUGCCCGCCAGAAGGCCCUUGGCACCUGUGGUUCCCAUGUCUGUGUCAUCCUCAUGUUUUAUAUACCUGCCUUUUUCUCCAUCCUUACCCAUCGCUUUGGACACAAUGUCUCCCGCACCUUCCACAUCAUGUUUGCCAACCUCUACAUUGUUAUCCCACCUGCGCUCAACCCCAUAGUCUAUGGAGUGAAGACUAAGCAGAUCAGAGAUAGGUUCUUAAGUGCUAUGAGCAAUGAGGUCUACCAGCAGUGCUGCAUUGAGGAGGAGAGAAAUUUAGAUUUCUCAAUGUCAGCAUUGAUAGCCCUGGUGCUGGUGGAGGAGCAUAGCUUCUUGACUCCAAGACACACUGAGGAAGGGAGCUGCAGAGAUAGUGUCAGGAGAUGUCGAGCCAGUUCACUGGGAUAG